AUGGGUUACCCACACAGCCUCAAGGACGUCCUGGCCGCGCCGACCGUCAUGUCGCUGAUAAAGGACACAAGGGCCGCGCAGGAGGUGCCGGCGCUGCAGGAGUUCUUCGCCAUGAUCGCCAAGGACUCGGCGCGGGCUUGCUACGGGCCCAAGCACGUCGAGGUCGCGCAUGAGCGUCUCGCCAUCCAGACCCUCCUGCUCACCGACACUUGGUUCCGCAACCCCGACGUUGCUGCUAGGCGCAAGUGCGUUGAUCUGGCCGAAUCGGUGAAGAAGAUCGGUGGCAACGUCCGCGUCCUUUCGUCGAUGCAUGUCUCCGGCAACCAGCUCGAGCAGCUCACGGGGAUAGCCGCGGUUCUUCGGUUUCCCAUGCCUGAUCUCGACGACAUCGAGAUGUGA